AUGCUUUACCAAAAACUCGCCACUGCGCUCAGCACCUAUGCAAUCAAUGAGAUUGGCUUCGUUCACGCAACACCCAAUGCCGAUGAGUUACCAGACGACAGCCAACAAUACCUUCCUCUCGUAGUGGUGGAUUCCAAGUUGGGCUUUCCUUUACCACACCUUCCCACUUUGUUGCGCGAAGCAGAUGAUGCCUUGAGGAGAGCUACUACAUCCAGUGAAAAGGCGAGCACGAGCAAGAUCAUGGUGUUGUUGAAGCCUGAUCAUUACACAGCUAUGAACAUGAGGAAGAAGCUGAUUAUGGAGAAGCAACUUGAUGUCAAGGAUGAGAUCGAGCUUAUUGAUUUGAUAUUCACAUUGUCGAGACACUCCAAGAGUUGUAUUGCAUGGCAUCAUCGACGCUGGUUGUAUGCACAAUGGCCUGAGAUGAUGGAUCUUGAAAAGGAAUUGGCGCUAUGUGAACGAACAGCAACGCUCCAUCCUCGCAAUUAUUACGCAUGGACUUAUCGCGGAUGGUUACUCAACAAGUUCAUCACUACAUCCGAGGACCAGCAUUCAGAAUACUUGCGAACCCGAUUAUGGAUUGAGCGUAAUGUCAGCGACCAUUCGGGUAUUCAUCACAUGGCACGUGUGUUGCAAGUAAUGGGAAAAGUCAACAAGGAUACCCAUAUGGAUUGGAUUGAUGAUCUCAUUAUUCGAUUUCCUGGACACGAAGCCUUAUGGUGCCAUCGUCGCUUCUGCGCUACGUUCUUUGCUUUGGAUGGCCAUGGAUUUGUGGAUAAAGCAAUAACAGCUGCUCAAGGAACAUGUCACAAUGAUCAAGAUUUAAUGCAUAUGCAAAUGGAGCUUGCAAUACGAUAUGGGAUAUGGCUUUGUCUUAUGGGUAUCUCGCCAACACGAAAAGAAGAAUAUUGUUCUCGUCUUCAGGAUAUACCUUAUGUGCGUGCAAUUGGCAACAAUAAAGAGUGUUGA